AUGUCAUCAGCCGCAUCGAUGCGGGGCUUUUCGGCCGCCACGGACAAGACGGUGAUGGGCAGCUACAUGAGACUGGAUCAGCCGGACGACGGCAUCAUGUGCGAGUAUGUGUGGAUCGACGGAACCGGCGAGGGCAUACGAAGCAAGUGUAAAACGCUGUCGGAGGAACCGCAGAAACCGGAAGACUGUCCUAUCUGGAACUACGACGGAUCCAGCACCUACCAGGCGGAAGGAUCGAACUCGGACAUGUACUUACAUCCGGUGGCACUUUUCCGGGACCCUUUUCGAAGGUGCAAGAAUAAGCUAGCCCUGUGUGAAGUCUACAAGUAUAACAAAACUCCGGCAGAUACAAACAAGCGUCACACGUGUGUCAAGGCCAUGGCAGAGGCCAAGGAGUUGCAUCCGUGGUUCGGCAUCGAGCAGGAGUACACCCUGCUGGAUUACGAUGGAUAUCCUUUCGGCUGGCCCAAGAACGGAUAUCCGGGUCCUCAGGGUCCGUACUACUGCGGUGUGGGUGCUAACCGCGUGUACGGUCGUGACAUCGUGGAGGCCCACUACCGGGCGUGUCUGUACGCUGGGGUAAAGAUCGCCGGAUGUAACGCUGAGGUCAUGCCCGGGCAGUGGGAGUUUCAAAUAGGACCCUGCGAGGGAAUCGACAUGGGUGAUCACCUGUGGAUUGCCAGGUACCUGCUUCACCGGGUGGCCGAGGAUUUCGGGGUAAACGCCACCCUUGACCCCAAGCCCAUGGAGGGCGACUGGAACGGGGCUGGGGCCCACUGCAACUACAGCACGGUGGCUAUGCGACGGCCCGGCGGAAUCAAGUCAGAACGGUUUCAUUGUUUCUUACACGGCAAUAUUUACAUUACUCACAACGUUCCAUUGUAUCAAACACUGACAGCAUCAAAAAGACAUCUUCAUUGUUCUAUAAGCGUUAAUCUUAAACUUAUUAUUUUUGCUUGAUUGAUCAAUAUCCUUAGGCUUAUUGAGAUUUUCUCUCGGGUCAGUUUAAUGGGUAGAACUAGUACUCUGUGUUAUUGAAGUAGAUUUCGAUAAUGCUCUUACAGCGUGGGUCGAAACCUGGUACCCGUUGAUCGCUUGGCGGACACCAUACCCCUUACGAAAACGCAACCACCUGUUCUCUUUUACAACUUUAAAGUAA